AUGGUCCUGGCCUCCGCUGCUGGAGCUGAAGGAGUGAUGCUGCUGGCAGCAGUAGGCUGUUGUCCUGUUGUGGAGCAGCCGCUAGAGGGAGACAAGCAGCAUGUUGCUGGGCUGUGUGGGGCGCGGGAAGUGCACCUGCCCCCAGGACCCCUGUUCCGCGUGGAGGGCACGGCCAUCUCCUUCCCCUGCAGCGUCUCGGAGUACGAGGGCCCCACGCUGCAGCACUUCGAGUGGUUCCUGUACCGCCCGACGGCGCCUGAGAUCUCCAUCGGCAUGGUCAGCACCAGGGACCCCAGCUUCCCCUACGCCGUCUUCAGCCCCCGCGUGCAGAGCGGGGAGGUGUCAGUGCAGCGGCUGCGCGGCGAUGCCAUCGAGCUGCGCAUUGCCCGGCUGCGGGCCGAGGACGCCGGUGUCUACGAGUGCUACACGCCCACCACCGACUCCACAUACCAUGGCAACUACAGCAGCAAGGUGGUGCUGAAAGUGAUCCCUGACAUGCUCUCGGUCUUGGCCCCCACACCCAGCUCUCCUCUGCGGGGCCGUAUGGCUGGCACUUCCCUGCUGCAGCUCAGCUUGUCGGAGGGCCAGGAGCUUCAGCUGAACUGCACGGCCCAGAGCCAGACUCAGCAGCACACCCAUCUCUCCGUCUCCUUCGGGGUGUCAGCCCCGGAUGCCCCUGUGGGGCGCCAGACGCUGCAGGAGGUGGUUGGGGUGCGGCGUGACUUCGCCGUGGAAGCUGGCGGGCGCUUUGCGGACCGGUACCGGGCUGGGGAGCUCUCCGUGGCCAAGGCAGGCAGUGAGCAGUACAAGCUGGCAAUCGGGCGGGUACGCCCGGGGGAUGCAGGCACCUACCACUGCACAGUAGGCGAAUGGAUCCAGGACCCUGACAGCAGCUGGCAGCUGAUCACCGAGAAGCGGGCAGCGCUGGCCCAGGUGACCGUCCAGUCCAUCGCGAGCCAGCUUGCGGUGUCGGCCGGCCCUCCCAAGGUCCGGCUCAGCGCUGGAGAAGCCCUGGAGCUUCUUUGCAACCUGUCAGGCCCUGUGCCCCCUGCACCCCACGUGGCGUAUGCCGUGAGCUGGGUGGUGGGCGAGGGGGACGGGCUGCUGGUGGCACAGCUGGACACAGACGGGGUGGCCGUUGUUGGGGAGAGCUAUGCCAACAGCCAGGUGGGCCGGCGCCAAGUCUCGCUGCAGAAGCUGACACCCUCCCCAGGCUCCUACCGGCUGCGGAUCGAGUCGGCCCAGCCAGGGGACGAGGGCACCUACCGCUGUGUGGCCCAGGCUUACGUGCGCUCCCCUGAUGCCUGGCUGCGGGAGGUGUCCAGCGGCCGGUCACAGGGGCUGAAGGUGCAGAUGAAAUCAGAAGCCGUGGUGGUGAAGGCCUACGCAUGGCUGCCCAUCCCCGCCACCUACCGCGGGGACACAGCCGAGCUGCUGUGCAACAUCUCGGUGGAGUCGACCCAGGCCGUCCACAUGGCCGUCAGCUGGUGGGUGGAGGUGACAGUGGGGGAGGAGGAGCCCCAGGGCCGGAUGGUGGCAUCUGUGAGCCGCGAGGGCGUGGCCGAGCUGGGCCGCCGGGUGUCAGGCGGGGACAUGAGUCUGGACAAGGUGGGGCCGCAGUGCCACCGGCUGCGGCUCCAUGGGGUGCAGCCGUCCGACGAGGGGAGGUACCACUGCGCCGUCACCUCCUGGGUGCGCUACCCUGACCGCAGCUGGUACAACGCCGGGGCCGUGAAGUCCAACUCCGUCGCCGUGUAUCCCUACGCCCGGGCCGUGGACACCCUGUUCAUUCCCCUCAUCGUGGGCAUCGCCAGCGCCCUCUUCACGGGCAUCGCCAUCCUCGCCACCAUCACCUGCUGCUUUAUGAGGCAGCUCCGCAAGAGGUGAAACGCGCGGGAGACUGGCCCCAGGGCGCUGCAGGUGCCUGCUCCAUCUCGCUCUACCGCCAACCUUCACUCAGGCCACUGGGCUCCCUUUUUUGCCCCCACUUGUGACUUGACCUCCCACCUCCCUGGUCCGGCUUGGGCAGCAUUUCAGCUCCUCGGACUGCACACUGGCUUCCUACUUCAUUUCAGUCAUUCCAUUUUUUUUUCUAAACUCAACCCAGAUCCAGGCAAGCCCCUGGUGGGAGAUGGGAGAGACCCUGGGUCCUGCAUCAGGGCCAGACGUUGCCAUGCCAAGAAGUCGAUGCAUCCAUCUGAGACAGCCAGGCUGGAGAGGUUCCUUCCUGGAGGACAUGAGGGACAGUGGCACUGCCUCAUCUGCUCCUGGACUCACUGCUUCCCCAAUGCUUCCCUACCCUGUCUCUGUGUCCCAGGGUGGGUGCGUGGGGGCUGCAUUUCCCUUGCUGCCAGCAUCUCUACAUCCUCCACUCCCUCUGUCUGUAACCCCUGUUCUCCUCUCCCCUCUCUCACGUGUUUUGGCUCGGUGAGGGCUGUCCUGUGGAUCUAAAUAUGUGUGGACUCUGCCCCUGCAGUGUGCACAGAGAAAGGAUGUAGCAUUCCCUAGGGGAGGGGCCCAGAGGCUCUGUGCUCUGGAGAAUCUGAGACUUGAUCUACUGGAGACCUCAGAGUCAGCAACUUGCUUGUAGCCUACAAUGUGGACAACAGCCUGCUGCUGCUGCCAGUUGAGGGAACUCCUCCUCUAGCUGGAGCAGUAGAGCCUUGUGCUUUAGAGCUGAAGGUGCUGGGUGCAAAACUCUGCUGAUGACCCAUGCUGGGGUCAUGGUUGGGUGACCUCAGGUGACCUGAGAGAGGGGAGGGAUCUGCCUUUGUGUAAGAGAAGAGAGGAACUCUAAUGCCAAAGGAGGGGGCUCAGACUUUCCUUGGUCACCCUUCUCCUUUGGGGUUUUAAUUGCAGCUCAGCUCUACCUUCAGGAAUAGCCGAGUACUCAGUACCAGUGGCUGGGCCUCCUCCCAGAGUGGACUCUUUGCAGCCAACGAGUCCGAUCCUGCCCUAUCCCUCAUGCUUUACUGCACCUGUGCACUCAGGCUGAUCUGAGGGCAUUUUGCACUGACUGUGAGAAAUCUUGGCCCCCCUGAAGUCAAUGGAAAACCCCCCAUGAUCUGCAGUGGGGCCUGGAUUCCAGCUGUGGUAUAAACAGCAGCAGAAUCCGACUCAGGUGUUUCUGUUAAAUGGCC